GCGCGAGCGGACGCCGUCCACACAAAUGCUUUCCCAUUUCGUCGGCAUGGCUGUAGUUCGCCGCCCUCCGGCAUCACUGUCUUCAUCGGCCGCCCUCCACCGCCGACCGCCGCUACCUCGACCUGUCUUCAGCUAUCCGCGAUCCCUUUUCUCCUUUUCUUCCCCACUGGGAAAGACUCGAAUCUGCUGCUCCGCCCAACGGCAGGCGCUCUUUAACCGCAUCGCCCCCAUCUACGACGAUCUGAACGAUCUGCUCAGCUUGGGGCUGCACCGAUCCUGGAAGAGGAUGUGCAUCUCCUGGAGCGGGGCAAAGAAAGGGGAUCGAGCACUUGAUCUGUGCUGCGGAAGUGGCGAUUUGACGUUCCUUCUCUCCCAGAAGGUGGGACUCCAAGGAGAGGUUUGCGGUCUAGAUUUCUCAAGAGAACAACUAUCCAUUGCUUCCGUUCGUCAAGACUUGUAUUGGAAAGCUUCCUACCAAAACAUUCAGUGGAUUGAAGGUGAUGCACUAAAUCUACCAUUUCCAGAUUGCUACUUUGAUGCAAUUACCAUGGGAUAUGGAUUGCGUAAUUUGGUUGACAGACAAAAAGCUCUCAGGGAGAUUUUCCGGGUUCUAAAGCCAGGUUCAAAGGUCUCCAUCUUAGAUUUCAAUAAGAGCACAUCAAAUCUUGUAAACACGGCACAAGUACUGUGUUCUCCAAUCCUCACAAAGCCCAAACCAUGCUUAAUUUUUCUUUCUUUCAUCAGUUUUUUGUUUUUACUUUAUUGGGAAACAACUAAAGAUCUGUGCUUCCAUGGUUUAGGAAUGGAUGCUAGACAAGGUAGUCGUUCCCGUUGCAAGCAACUACGGGCUUUCGCAAGAGUACGAGUACUUGAAAGGAUCAAUUGCUGAAUUUUUAACAGGAAAAGAAUUGGAAAAGCUUGUCGAUGAAAUAGGAUUUUCCAAAGCGAGGCACUACGAAAUUGGUGGAGGUUUCAUGGGGAAUCUAGUGGCAACCAAAUAGCUGGGGCAAAAGAAUUUUGUAUGAACUCGAUUGGAAUGCUUUUAUUGAAAUUGCUGAAACAGUCCCCAUAAGGCAAGAACUAUCAAACAUGCAGAUAGCCGCGACUGCGUCUCCCAGAAGAACAUGAGCUUCUGUUGCACCACUUUAAAAUUUUGAUCUUUGAUUUUAGUGUUUUGUUCUUUUUUUUCUGAAAUGAUUAUGAAUGGACUUGGUUGGCACCUGACCAUUUCUACUUCUCAAUUAAAAUAUAAUUCUGUGUAGUUUGGUGCU